CAUCAAGUCCAAGUCCUGAUAUUCGUUUUCCUCUUGCUGUCAGCCAUGGCUUGGGCUUCGUCUGUCAUCGCAUCUCGCUCCACUUUUCAACGGGUUGUCGCUAAGAGAAGGAUCUUCCCCAAAUUGACAGCCGCAAGCACAAGCGUUAUAGCUCGACGCGGUAUUGCUACUGCGUGUAAACGACCGAAAUUAUGCGGACAAGAAGAGGCGUUGAAGGCCACUUUAGGUAUUACAACACAAAGAGCAUUUUCAAGCUCGCCAGCAUGCCUGUUACACACCAGGGAAAUGAAUGAGGAACAGUUGUCGAGUUUGAGAGUAGACCAGGAGCGGUUGAUGCGGGAUCUACAUUACACAUGCCAAUGGGGCACUGGAGAGAGAUGGGGCGAGGCCCCAACUGAAACAGGCAUGUCGCGUCUUGCGCUUUCGGACACUGACAAGCAAGCUCGCGACUGGUUCGUUGAGACUGCAAAGGAGUUGGGCUGCACUGUGACAGUUGACGAAAUGGGCAACACAUUUGCUGUUCGACCUGGGUUGAGCAACGAUAAACCACCGACAUUUGCAGGAUCGCAUUUGGACACGCAGCCAACCGGUGGACGAUAUGAUGGGAUCCUGGGAGUUCACGCUGGUGUCGAAAUGCUCAAGGUCUUGAAUGAUAAUUGGGUUGAGACACAAUACCCUGUUGGCGUAGUGAACUGGACAAACGAGGAAGGUGCCAGAUUUCCCAUGUCAAUGAGCAGCUCUGGAGUCUGGGCUGGUUCCAUCCCCCUCGAGACAGCCCACAACCUACGCGAAGUGCACCCAGGCACCGCAACCAUGGCCUCUGAGCUCUCACGCAUCGGCUACCUAGGCACUACCCCAAGCUCCUACACCUCCAUCCCCAUGGCUGCGCACUUCGAGCUCCACAUCGAGCAAGGUCCACUCCUCGAAAUCGCCAACAAGAAAAUCGGCGUCGUCAAAGGAGUCCAAGCAUACAAAUGGCUCACCAUCAAAGUCAAAGGCCGCGACACACACACAGGCACGACCGAUUUAAAAAGCAGAGCCGACGCGCUCCUGACAGCCAGCAAACUCAUCCUUCACAGCCACAAACUGGCAACCGCCAACAACGCGCUCGCAAGCACCGGUAUUCUUAACCUGAAACCCGGCAGUACCAACACCGUCCCAGGCGAAGUCACUUUCUCCCUCGACAUCCGUGCCCCCAGCGAUGACACUGUAGCGAAGAUGCUCGACCUCGUGGCCCGCGAUUUCCCCAAGAUCGCAGCUGGCGAGGAUCUCGAUGGUCUGAAUGUAGGAUGUACGCUGGGUCUCCCGCUCCAAGUGUCGAUCACCCAGGACUUUGACUCUCCCGCGACGUUUUUCCAUCCGCAGUGUAUCGAAGCGGUCACGCAGGCUUCGCAUGCGGCGCUGGGACCAGAUAGUAAGAAUCUGAUCAUGGAGAUGACGAGUGGUGCUGGCCACGAUAGCGUAUAUGCGAGUAAGCGGUGUCCGACGAGUAUGAUUUUCGUGCCGUGUAGGGAGGGCGUUUCGCAUAAUCCGAAGGAGUUUUGCAAGGAGGAGGAUUGUGCGAUUGGGGCGCAGGUUCUUUUGCAGAGUGUGUUGAGGUUUGAUCGGAUGCGUGAGUGA